UGAUGGUUGGGUCGUGAGGAGUGCCCAACCACAAAUGCCUCCCUUGAGGAAGAGAACCACCAUACGUAGCUAUGGUAUGAGCUUCAAAGUUAGAAGCUCGAGUUUCAAAUAAGAAAUUAUAAGAUGUAAAAACACUAGAAGUUUCUAGAAUCUCUUUCACAAUCCCACCAUAGACGGAAGGAGGUCCAAAGGCUAGUGUGGUUGUUUGGGCCUUGGAUGGGCCAGACGCUCGGUCCAACUCGACACCCUCAGGCUAGGUCGAGGGCCCAUCUCCACCACCCCGUCCGCCCGUGCUUCCUCUUCCUCCGGCCACUGUCGCCUCCCGUGCGGUGCUUGCUCUCCCCUCUCUCCCAUCCCGGCCCCCCGUCCCCGACGCGCCCUGCCGCCGGCGCCCGGCAGAUUCGCCGAUCCAAGCACAGCUCGAAUGGAGCCGGCGGGAGCGGGAGGCGGCGUCGCCGCCGCGAGGAGCAGCCCGGCCGCCGUGCAGGCCACCGAGGACGACGCCGCAGCGAGCACGCUGACCGAUGAACAUGUCGGAGAUACUGCCCAGCCACCAUCAGGACAAACAGUACAAGAGCUAGUUGAUUCAUUCUCAGGCCAACUACCAGGGAGGAUUUGUGCCAAAGGAAAAUCAACCGCGGGUGUUUUGGUGGAGGAGAAGGACCUGGUUUCGUACCGCCGCGACUGGGAGAAAUCUUGGGGUGACAAAUGUGGCUCCUUCGAAUUCUACUCGUGCGUGAGAGCCAUGCUCUUCACAUGCAAACGCACCCCGCCACAUGCAGGCGUCAAGACUUGCCUGCAAAUCUUCUCCGUCAGAGUCAUGGAGAUCGACGGUGGUUAUCUUGAGUGGCCACUCGAGGUCUACGGCCUGGUCGCCACCCGGGACUCGAUGGAUCAUAAUCGUAACAUUAUCUUCAGACUCAGGAGGGAUGCCUGCCAACUCCUCACUCAACAGGAUCCAUUUUUGGCGCUGACCGGCCCGUCUCAUGCGAUUGUCUUCACCGGCCCAGUCGACAUUGAGAUACAACUCAAGGUGAAGGGCAGAACCACAGAGCAUGAAGACAAAGAUUUCAUCUCCAAAGUGCUGGUAUACGGACGUGAUCCCAGUGACAAACUCGCCGAUGCAGGCAUAGGCAACCACGACAUCGUGCGUACCAGCUGUUUUGGCGAGUUGUGCUCCCUACAGAUUACCUCCGCCCUGAUCGUCGAAGCGGUCGAGGCCACCGUCAUCUCUGCUGAAGUUAUCGAGGGCCUAUGGCCCCCAAAGUCAGGAAUCCGUGUCGUUUCCGGUACCGCCAGCAUAGACGAGGACUUUGUACUGCUCGAUGCUCGGGAUGGGACACUCCGUGUGGAUCCGGCCCAGGGUGUCAUCCCCAUUACCAGAAAUGUUGUCUGCGUGGAGAAAGAUGGAAGGCUGAAGCUUUCUGUAGAGGCCUACAGAAAGAGUGGACGUAUGUAUGCAAUAUCUGUUACGGAGUUGAUACCCAAGAGAUCAUCCGCCAGUACUGCCAUAUGCAAGCUUCCCUUCUGCACGGUCGAGUUCACCGUAGCUUGGUCCUGCCUCGUGGCCACAGUGGAUGACCUGAGGAAAUACGGUAUCUGAUUCUGAUCUGAUGCAGCCAACCCAACCAUUUACUUAGUUGUGGAGCGACUCUUUAGCGUUUUAUUUUGUCCAGCGGUAUGUUAAAGAUGUCGAACUGCUGUUAUUUAGCGGUGGAGCGUUGGUUUAGCGUUUUAUCCAGUGGCAUGUUAAAGAUGUUGAACUGCUAUUUUAUGUGGAUUUAUCCUAACUAGUUGUGUGCACAACUCAAAUCAUUGCCGUCCAUCUCCACUGCAGUCAAAUCAACCUACCCCACUGCGGUUAUUUGGAUUCCAAAGAGACCACGAUACAUCUACUAAACAUAUAGUUAUUUGGAGGCAAUGAUGUACCUGAUAUGGUCAUAUUGAUAACUGACUGAAGUGGCAUUCCACGUGUGAUCUGUAAUCCUGCUUAACUUGUAUUGCAUACAUGAAUUAUC